ACAGGACCCGCACUAUGUUCCCUUGGCCUCUUGUUGGUCGAUCAAGCCUCCUUCUCGCCUCCCUCCUACUUGCCGCUGGCCAUUUUCCUCGGACGGGUGUUGCCACGGCUCCCCCAGCUCUACCCUUGUCCGCUUCCGAAUAUAGUGUGGUCACUCUGGGCGACUCGUCCUCGGGUGUUAACGUGGAUGUGUUCCUGGAUCUCGUCUGUAUCGACACCAAGAAAGCCUGGCCGGUGAUAAAGCAAGUCAUUCAAACCUACGAUCGUGCAGUACAAUGGCGCUUCCAUCAGUUCCCUCUGCCCUAUCACACGAACGCCUUUAUAGGGGCGGUUGUCGCUGCCACCUACGGGAACGACACGGCGGCGCUCAGGUACAUGGACAUUGCCUUCGCGCGUCAGAUCCAGGUCUCGAACGAGCUCACGCAAGGCAUGACGUACAAGGCAGUGGAAGGCGUGGUCGCUGCGUGGGUGCAGGAGGCCACUGGCCUCGAGAGAGAGGUGGUGAGAAGGAAGCUCCAGGAAGGGGGGGUGGAGGAGGCAGUACGUUUCUCUUUCAAAUACGCAACGAUUCGCUCCAUCUUUGGCACCCCCAUGUUCGUGAUCAACCAGAUGCUGGUGCCUGGGUUGGACGGUGGGAGUGACGUGAUGGAUUGGGAAGAGUACUUGGCGCCUUUACUGACACAAAUGGCCAGGGAAAGCUGA